CUAUUGAGCAGUACCGGAAAUCAUUUCAAGAUGGCGGCGCCCGUAUGGGAAAAUGCUCCAGUGAUUCCCAAUGAAAACUCAUGUGGAUCCCAGGUUGAUUUCUUGCCACAUGGUGACAGAACUUUUUACACACUACCGGAGAAAGGUAGAGAGCAACUUCUGUACAGGAAAAGUGGUGUAAAAAUCGAAGAAUUUGCGGAAUUCCGGUCUUAUAUAAACAACAAUAUUGUUGGUCGAGAUUCAACGUUCUACGGACCAUACGGUCAACGAAAAGUGGUAUAUUGUGACUAUACAGCUUCUGGUAGGUCCUUGCAAAUGAUUGAAGAGUACAUCAGCAUCCAGGUUCUGCCACUGUAUGGCAACACCCACACCACGACCACAGUCACCUCCCUACAAACCACACUGUACAGACAUGAAGCAAGAGACAUCAUUCGCAAUGCUGUCAAUGCCAGUGAGCACGAUGCAGUCAUCUUUGUCGGGACAGGUUGCACAGCAGCAGUGCACAAACUCAUCCAUUCCCUAAAUCUGCAGGCACCACCAGUUGUGUUCGUCGGUCCAUAUGAGCAUCACUCCAACUUACUGCCAUGGAGGGAGACUGCAGCAGAGGUUGUCAGAAUUCCUGAGAACGGAGAUGGCCUUGUUGAUAUGAAUUGUUUGGAAGCAGAACUCAAGAAAUGGCACACGUCCGGUCGCCAGCUAAUAGGCUGCUUCUCUGCUGCGUCUAAUGUCACUGGUAUCCUGACAGAUGACAUCAAGGUGACAGUGAUGUUACAUCGUUACGGAGCCAUGGCAUUCUGGGAUUACGCCACUGCCGGCCCUUAUGUAGACAUCAACAUGAAUCCAGUAACAACAUUUGGUGAUGAACGCUCCCUUGCAUACAAGGACGCAGUGUUUUUGUCUCCUCACAAGUUUGUCGGGGGAGUGGAAACGCCGGGCAUUCUCGUAGCCAAGAAAUCCCUCUUUAAGAACCCAGUACCCAGCAAUGGAGGAGGCGGAUCCGUUUUCUUCGUAAGUAUGACAUUUAUUUCUGAUGUGUCAAAAUGAGAACACAAAUGGUGUAAAGUAUAGUGCCCAAUCGGGCACUCUUCUACGGAAAUUAGGCACGCGUGAUGUCUUGACGCACGUCCAGUUCAUGCUGAUGCAAAUUACAUGCACUAGCCUAAUUAGUGAACCACACGUGACCGUGUUUCAGCCAACCAGGAUAAAGAACUAGCAAGACGUGUGUUAUAAAUGACACUAGGGCCCU